AUGCCAUUGCUGGCGGCGACGCAGGAGAUCCUGGCGCUGAUCCGCCUGGCGGACCUGAUCCUGGUGGAGGCCCGCCUAGCGGACCUGAUCCUGGUGGAGGCCCAUCUGGCGGAGGUGAUCCUGGAGGCGGAGGCCCACCUGGUGGAGCUGCUCCUGGUGGAGACGGAGUUGCUCCGCCGGGCGGAGGAGAUCUUGGUGGAGGUGCUGAUCCUGGUGCAGGUGGUCAACCCGGCGGAGGGGCUGGAGGUGAUCCACCUGGCGGAGCUGAUCCUGCUGGCGGAGGCCUCCAUGGCGGGGGCGAUGCGGGCGGUGGAGGUGGCCCUCUUGUGGACCUCGGACCUGCUGGGUUGCCCGAAGGACCAGCGGGUGAGGCUGCGCCUGCACACCCCGUUGCAGCGGGGGGGCCUGGCGGCGCUGGCGGAGGCGGCGCACUCGACGCCGUGUUGA